UUGGCCAAAAUCCAAAGUGCAUAACAGAAAGCUAAAUAUGGCGUAAACGGUGUAAUCACGUGACGAUGUACGUCACACUUAUAUGUGUAUUAAGAUGGCGGCGCACAGUGGCGAGAGUUCUCAGACUGGAUCUGAUGAAUUAUUUCAAAACUUUUACACGGAGGUGAAGCAGAUCGAGAAAAGAGACUCCGUGUUAACCUCGAAGCAGCAAAUAGAUCGACUGCUCAGGCCUGGCUCAUCCUACUUUAAUCUCAACCCCUUCGAGGUGCUGCAAGUUGACCCAGAUGCAACAGAUAUUGAGCUAAAGAAAAGAUUCAGAGCGUUAUCCAUCUUGGUCCAUCCAGACAAAAACCAGGAUGAUGCAGACCGAGCACAGCAAGCUUUUGAAGCUGUGGACAAGGCAUACAAACUCCUACAGGAUCCAGAGCAGAAGAAGAGGGCUUUAGAUGUGAUUCAGGCGGGAAGGGAAUACGUGGAGCACAUGAUAAAAGAGAAAAAGAAGCAGUUAAAGAAGGAUGGAAAACCUCAGAUUGUGGAGGAGGACGACCCAGAAUGUUUUAAGCAAGCCGUGUAUAAACAGACCAUGAAGCUGUUUGCUGAGCUUGCCAUCAAGAGGAAGGAAAGAGAAGCAAAAGACAUGCAUGAAAGGAAAAGGGCGAGAGAGGAAGAAAUUGAGGCAGCCGAGAAAGCAAAGCGAGAGCGGGAAUGGCAGAAAAACUUUGAGGAAACAAGAGAUGGCCGUGUGGACAGUUGGAGGAACUUCCAGGCAAAAGGCAAGAGCAAGGAGAAGAAGAACAGGUCCUUCCUCAAGCCCCCCAAAGUAAAGAUGGAGCAAAGGGAAUGAUGAUGGAAACAUGGGACUUGAUUAAUUUAAAACCCUGCUUUUCCAAGCUGUGAUUCCCUUCCUUCUGUUUGUCAUGAACGUCAUCUUGGACUAGACCUGCCUCGUGUCAUUUAGUGCAUCUUCCAUACGUUAGCCAACACACAUGCUUGGUGACUGAUACCGUUUAGGUUUUUUUUUUUUAUACGUAAAAUAAAAGUUGGUCUUAAACGUUACAUCUUGUAUGGUGUCUUCAAGUGUUGGCAGUAUACAGACCUCUUUUUAGUCCUGAAUGACUCCUCCGCCUGUCAGAAAAGGGGUCACAGGAGUCGCAAGGGUGAUGCUGGAGCUCACAUCACUUUGCACGGGUCUCCUCCUCCCCCUGCAGCUGCAGCAGGGGGCCCAUUGAUGGCUCCCAGCACCCCAUCCAAGCUGAGGCCCUGGAAGGCUCCAAAGAGAGAAUCAUCCUUUUUUGCUGCUGCUUCUGCUUUCCUAGCUGCGCUCCUCUGCUGCACGAGGCACAAAAGAAAUGCACUUCUAACAUGUACAUGAAUGUGUGAACCCAUUAAACUCAUGUCACGUACCCUGGGGAGGCAGUGAUGGCUCCUGAAGUGCGUUUUUCUGACGGACCUUUCAGCGUUCUUCUUG